AUGAGUAAGGAACUGGAGGAAGAUACUGCUUCUCUAGCUCUUGGAGAACUAUAUACUUCUGAAAAGUAUGGAAAUGAUGACAAAGGUGAUGGAACUGAAGCUAAACCUUUUAAAACUAUAUUAAAAGCUAUGAAACACCAUGGCAAGCAACCGUUCCCUGUUAUUUACGUUGAUUCAAAAGAAGAAGGAAAGAAAUAUGAACCAGCUUCCAAGUCACAAUUAAAAAAGAUACAAAAGAUUUUUGUUAGGGAUUCUUAUAAAUCUGAAAAGCCUCCUACUCAAGGUGAAAAGAAUGAAAGUGAGAUUUUAGAAGAAGCUAAAAAUAUUAUCAUUGAAGAAGACAAAAGCCUCCCUAAAGCACAGUUGAUAAAGAUAUUUUCUUCUACUCAAAAGAGGGGUUCUAGAGUUAAAAUCUUUGGUUGGGUGCACAGACUUCGAAAGCAAGGAAAAUCAUUGAUGUUCAUUACCCUCAGAGAUGGAACUGGAUUUCUUCAAUGUGUUUUAAAUGAUAAACUAUGCCAAACUUAUAAUGCACUUGUCCUUUCAACUGAAUCAGCAGUCGCUUUUUAUGGUGUAAUUAAAGAGCUGCCAGAAGGAAAAUCGGCUCCAGGAGGUCAUGAAAUGCAAGUAGACUUUUGGGAACUGAUAGGCCUUGCCCCGCCUGGUGGAGCGGACAACAUCCUCAACGAAGAAGCUCUUCCAGAUGUUCAGCUCGACAACAGGCAUAUCAUGAUCAGGGGAGAAAAUACUUCAAAAGUGCUGAAAAUGAGAUCAGUUGUUAUGCGAGCGUUUCGUGAGCACUUUGAAAGUAGAGGAUAUACUGAAGUUACACCUCCUACUCUUGUUCAAACACAGGUGGAGGGAGGUUCAACAUUGUUCAACUUAGAUUAUUUUGGUGAACCUGCUUACCUCACUCAGAGUUCUCAGCUUUAUUUGGAAACUUGCAUACCUUCGAUGGGUGAUGUCUAUUGUAUAGCACAAAGCUACAGAGCUGAACAAAGCAGAACUCGUCGCCAUCUCUCUGAAUAUGCUCAUGUUGAAGCUGAAUGUCCGUUUAUAUCAUUUGAUGAUUUGUUGGAUCGUCUGGAGGAUUUAGUCUGUGAUGUUGUCGAUAGAGUUUUAGAAUCAGAAUAUGGUGAACUUGUGUACCAGCUGAACCCUGAAUUCAAAAAACCAGAAAGACCCUUUUUAAGAAUGAACUAUAGAGAUGCCAUCAAAUAUCUAAAAGAGCACAACAUUACCAAAGAAGACGGAACUUUUUAUGAAGAUGGAGAGGACAUUCCAGAAAUGCCUGAAAGGAAAAUGACUGACACAAUAAACAAACCCAUAAUGCUCUGCAGGUUCCCAGUUGCCAUUAAAUCAUUUUAUAUGUCACGGUGCCCGGAAGACAAUACGUUAACGGAGUCGGUUGAUGUACUGUUGCCCGGCGUUGGUGAGAUUGUUGGAGGGUCCAUGCGUAUCUGGGACUUGGAGGAGCUAUUGGCUGGUUAUAAGAGAGAGGACAUCGACCCUGCGCCCUACUAUUGGUACACUGAUCAGAGGAAGUAUGGUACGUGCCCGCAUGGAGGAUACGGGCUUGGCCUUGAAAGAUUCUUAUGCUGGCUGCUAAAUAGGUAUCACAUCCGAGAAGUUUGUCUCUACCCAAGGUUCCUCAAGAGAUGCAAACCAUAA